ACCUAAUUUGGCUUCUCCAAAGAGAACUUGGUUGUCCCAAAUAAAGGAACUGAGAGUGCUCCCAAAGAACCAUAUGUUGGGCCAGUUGGGGCAUAGAAGUAUUCAACUCUCUGGACAAGAGCCAAUGGAUGACUGAAAACAGCCCUGCCCAAGGAACUGGGCUCAAAUUCAACAUCAGCUGAUUCAAUAAGGCACCCUGCAAGCAAAGCUGGAAGAAGAGGCUCCAACUCCUUUCCAUGGCAGCCCACCAAAAUCUGGCCUCGAAGAUCUUCUCUUUAUGCUGCAAAUGCUGUGAGAAACCCGAUGCUGCAGAUGACUCCAAGAUCCCCAAUCAAACCCAAGAGCUUCAGCUGUCGAAGCAUGGUGUGCAGAAGGAUGAGCUCAACAGACAAAGUCUUGAGCACAGUGACGCAGCACCCUGCAUGAGUCUGGGGAAAGCCACGCUCCCCUCAGAAAAGACAACUUCCUGUUUCAGCAGCAGUGAGUAUGGUGAGUUUGAACCUGGGGCCCUAACGCUGACCGGGAACCUCUGGGUGUGUGAGUGUUCGCUUAAUGUCUGCUUCAGCCUCCAAACGGCAAGAACACUGGUGUUGGUAAGCUCAGCAGAGCGUGGUGGUAAUGUCAGAACCAGGAUGGGCCCAGUUCUAUUUUCUAGGCCACUGCAUUUCACAAGACAAACUGCUGUCACUGAAUGCUCCGAUAAGGGUACCAACACGUCCCAGACCGAGGCGGAGGCGGGGGCGGGGGUGGGGCGGGGCGCACACGACUCACAGACUACUCCAGAUUUGAUACUGACCAGGGAUGGAGGUGACCGGAACAGUCUAUCCAGGCCCAAAGCAGAGGCUUCGCUCAGGGUUCUUCUUUCCUUCCUCCUUUCAGAUGUAAAUUCACAAGUAUCCAAGAGAGGGUUUCACAAGAGAAGGCUCAGCCGCUACUCCCAGGAUCACUGGCCGUACCAACCAUGCCUCAUCGGGAGGCCCUGAUCAUUCUAGACGGCAGCCCCCUCGCAGGUCUUGGAGCCUGCGCAGCUGCAGCUGCGGAGAGUUCCCAGCAGGAAGAGGGCGGUGCAGCGGAACCAUGAAGACUGAUUCGGAAACUCCCUUCCAGGAGGAGAUGAUGUCUGAGCUGAGGCUGUGCUUCCAGCAAGAGUCACUUCAGACCCCAAAAAGCCACUGGGGCGGAGCUGCCUCCAAGUAAAGUCUUU